AUGGCAUUAGACUGUGGAGCUGCUACACAGCCCUGAGGCCCACAGAGAGGGGAGACAGGGAGAAGAAACGGUUUUUACUGCUUUGUUUUGAUGCACAGCCUCGUUUACUGGCAUCAGCAGCAGGUUGUGCAGGCGGUGGAGCGGGCCAAGCAGGUCACCAUGGCUGAACUCAACGCCAUCAUAGGACAGCAGCAGCUCCAGGCUCAGCACCUCUCCCACGGCCACGCCAUCCCAAUCCCGCUCACGCCACACCCAGCGGGCCUUCAGCCCCCCCUACCCCCAGGGGCCGGUACCGCCAGCCUGCUGGCUCUGUCCUCCGCCCUGAGCCACCAGCUGCCGCUCAAAGACGAGAGGAAACACCACGACAACAACAGCAGCGAACACCCGAGAGACAGAGACUCGGUCAAGAGCUCAUCUGUGUCUCCCUCGGCCAGUUUUCGGACCCGAGAGAAGCACAGGAGUUCAAGUGAUUACUCCUCCGACAGCAAGAAACAGAAGACAGAUGACAAGGAGUUGGCCUCUACACGCUAUGAAAGCGAUGGAGAGAAGAGUGACGACAACUUAGUAGUGGAUGUCUCCAAUGAGGAUCCAGCGUCUCCUAGAGGAAGUCCUGCCCACUCGCCUCGGGAGAACGGAUUGGACAAGAGUCGCCUGUUGAAGAAGGAUGCUCCGCUGAGUCCGUCCUCCAUCGCCUCCUCCAGCAGCACACCUUCAUCCAAAUCCAAAGAGAUUAAUGUGAAUGAGAAGGCCACAACACCUGUGUCCAAGUCCAGCACCCCCACAUCCCGCUCUGACGCCCCGACACCCAGCAGCACCUCCACCCCGGGCCUGAGGUCUGUACCCAGUAAACCGCCAGGAGUCGAGACGCUGGCUCCUGGUCUCCGUACGCCGUUGGCAGUGCCGUGCUCAUACCCCAGUCCGUUUGGAAUGGUUCCUCACCCGGGUAUGAACGGAGAGCUGAGUGGAGCCGGAGCAGCCUACACCGGCCUGCAUAACAUUUCUCCACAGAUGAGUGUGGUGGCUGCUGCUGCAGUGGCAGCUUAUGGACGCACACAAGUGGUGGGAUUUGAUCCUCACCACCACAUACGUGUCCCUGGACUUCCUCCCAACCUCUCGGGCAUUCCUGGUGGAAAACCAGCUUACUCCUUUCAUGUCAGCGCUGAUGGACAAAUGCAGCCUGUGCCUUUUCCUCCGGAUGCACUGAUUGGCCCCGGCAUCCCGCGCCACGCACGACAGAUCAAUACUCUCAGCCACGGGGAGGUGGUGUGUGCUGUCACCAUCAGUAACCCAACGCGUCAUGUCUACACCGGCGGCAAGGGCUGCGUCAAGGUGUGGGACAUCAGUCACCCGGGAAACAAGACCCCUGUAUCCCAGCUGGACUGCCUCAACAGAGAUAACUACAUCCGUUCCUGUCGGCUACUUCCGGAUGGACGGACUCUCAUUGUUGGGGGCGAGGCGAGUACUUUGUCGAUCUGGGAUUUGGCAACACCAACUCCACGAAUCAAGGCUGAACUAACUUCGUCAGCACCUGCGUGUUAUGCUCUGGCCAUCAGCCCCGACUCCAAGGUCUGCUUUUCCUGCUGCUCUGAUGGAAACAUAGCCGUGUGGGAUCUUCACAACCAGACUCUGGUUAGGCAGUUCCAGGGCCACACUGAUGGAGCCAGCUGUAUAGACAUCUCUAAUGAUGGGACAAAGCUGUGGACUGGAGGCCUGGAUAACACUGUGCGGUCCUGGGACCUGAGAGAGGGACGGCAGCUGCAGCAGCACGACUUCACCUCCCAGAUCUUCUCACUGGGAUACUGUCCAACGGGCGAGUGGCUGGCAGUCGGGAUGGAGAACAACAAUGUGGAGGUCCUUCAUGUUACCAAACCUGACAAGUACCAGCUCCACCUGCAUGAAAGCUGUGUGCUCUCACUCAGAUUUGCUCACUGUGGGAAGUGGUUUGUGAGCACAGGAAAAGACAAUCUGCUCAACGCAUGGAGAACCCCCUAUGGGGCCAGCAUAUUCCAGUCAAAGGAGUCGUCCUCAGUGCUGAGCUGUGAUAUCUCCAUAGAUGACAAGUACAUUGUGACGGGCUCAGGAGAUAAGAAAGCAACUGUCUACGAGGUCAACUACUAGGAAGGCUAGACCACUUCCAUUCAGGCACUCUGCGGUGUCACCAACACCUAUGUACAAUUCUUAAUGUAUAAAAUGGAUUUAAAUGGAACUAACCAAACAGACUCUUGGACAGGGGCGUUUUUCAACUUCAAAAUGAAGAAGCAGAACCGAGCAGAGUUUUUUUUUUUUUUUUUUUUUUCUUACUUGUGUCUUCUUAAUUGUCUUACUUUGUUGUUGUUGUGAGGAUGAAUACAUGUCCAUGUGCACUGAAUCUGGAGAGGAUACUAUUGACUAGAUAACAUUCCUAAACUUUUAGGCCUCUUUUUUACCAACAUAUUUGUACAGACAAGCAGCUACAACACAAGUGUAGUUGUUCACAUGCUUUCCUUUCGUACUUUGUUAUACCUGAAGGCUAUAAAAACAUUGUGGCUGGAUCAUUCCCGGCUGACACCAGAACAUUUUCUCUGAGAUCUUCCAAUUUGGCACAACAUAAACAUACUUACCUAAAAAUGGCAACACUUGAAAGGGUUACUAUUGGUUCUUGUAAAUAUCACGAAGAAGUUUCUCUUCAAAACUUUGUUUUUCUGUUCAGAGUCUGCUGCCAACCUUAUUCAACACCCUGAUAUACUGUUUAUGUGCUUAAUUGCAUCUUUAAGGGGUGUAGCUUUCAUUUCUGUAGAUGCAUAUGACAAACACACAACAACUAUAUCCAAGGCUUUAUUCAGUAACAACUUCCUGUGGGUAAAUUGUAUUGUUUUGUGUUUUGAAUUACUACUGUAAAUACAGUGUUGCCAUUUUUUUUUUUUUUAUUACAUUUUGGUUCUGUUUCCUGCUUGCCUUCAGGCACUUCAUGUUAAUACCUCAUACCAAAUUUGCCUUUUUUAAAUGUUAAUACACUUUUUGUUUGUUAUGUUUGUCUAAAUUAGUAAAAUCAGCAUUCCACAUGUGAAAAACAUCACAUUUUCAUUCCAUAACAAAUGCAUGCUGAACAUAGUGAUUACACAAACGAGAUACAACAUGUUGAUUAGUGAGCUAUACAGGUGCUAGUAAGCUGAUUAUGUUGCCAGACUUUAUGCUAAGCUAAGAUAACUGGCUGUAACUUCAUAUUUACCUUUCACACGAGAGUUUGUAGAUCUUCUCAUCGAACUCUCAGCAAAUUAUCACUAAGUCACUGCGUGUGUGUGUUUGUGUGUGUGUGUGUGUGUGUGUGUGCGCUGCGACCCAGUGGGAGUUGAUCAAACAAACUCACAAGAUUGCCCCCGGUCCCCUCACUACUGUGUGACCUUUGCUCUUGGUUCUGCCCCCUCAGUUCAGACUCCUCUGGAUGCUCACUGGAUUCUGUGUGACAGAUUUCAGUGAAACUGUUUGAUUGGUGUUUGGAGGUCAACCAGCUCUUCAUUUCCUGCCUGGAGUUUUAUGUUUGGACUUUUGGAAACUUUUCUGAAAAACAAGUGGUCAAUGAUACGCUUGUGAUUUCUCUUGGAUAUACUUCUAUCGGCUUGUAGAAAUAACACAGUGCCUUUAUGCUGCUGCGCUUCUGAUUCCAUUUUGUCCUGCUGAGGGUUCAACUACACAGAGAUGAAACGUGAUGGACUCUGCUAUUAGGUUUUUAACAAAAUACUGUUUUUGAGUUCAACAUUUAAGGAUGAAUUUUAUUAAAAAAUAAAUAAUAAUAAAAAGAUCAGUCAUGAGCAAAUUAACACAAACGGUAACCCAGAUUAUCCAGUCCAAUUUGUAUCGAUUGUCUGUUGUUCACUUUGAAGUAAUCAGGACCAAACUCCUCUUUGUCACCCGCUUUGCUUAACAAAUGCACGGUAUGGAAAAUAUACUAUUCAUGGCUACUGCUGUCUCAGUCUGAUUGUUUGAAGUAUGGUGCCAUUAACUACAAGUUUUUGAAGCUACAAAAUUCUUCACCAUACUUUUUCUUUCUGCUUUCAAGCUUUGUUCUUUUGCCCAAAUGGCACUCGCCUCACUUGUAUUGUUAUUUUAAUCCCAGGAGUUGCAUAUUAUAGCUUUAUCUUCCAGUUCUAGACUCCUUGAGUGCAAAAGACGUGCUCAACCUGUAAAUCAAGAAGGAAAAGCAGGUAGCAAUGAGCCAAGAGAGAUUUCCAGGUUUUACUGUUUAUGGGAUUAAAAUAACAUAAGGAUUGGUUAUUCUCUCUGAUUUACUUUUCAAACUGAUAAAGGGUGCAGUGUUCAUACCUAGUUCUAACCUGCCUGACACCUAACUUCCUGUCUUUUACUGUAGGUCUGAAUAGUUAGAUAUUAAAAUCAGAAAAAGAUCAGUAUGUGUGAGUCUGGGACACUCAUGCAAGUAUUAAGUCUUCUCUAGGUUUCUGAGCAUGCCCUUCUCGAGUUAAAUGCCAAUGAGAAACCUAUUUAAAGAUUGCCAUUUCAUUUUUAAAUGUCUUUAGGAUAUUUUUGUGGCUGUGACACAGACAUAAUCAAUUUGAGUUGAAGAAACUACUGAUAAUAACUGCACUGGUGUGAAUGUAAAGGGACAUUUUGCAGCAAAGCCACUGAGACUUAGUCUAAUGAGUUUGAUACAGGAGGGACCCUAUGUAAGAUAUUACACUGUUACGACUGAUAUUUUUGUAAUUUCUUUGACAGACACACACAGUGACACUGUACUGUGUUUGUUUUUCACAGUGUUUGCCUUAUUCUGUGCUUUCUUUCUAAAUU